AGAUAUAAUAAAGAGUAAAAAACGCAUAUUAAAAACGAUCAUUGUUAUUAGUUAUUUUCUUCUUUUUGUUAUUAAUAAAUACUAUAGAAAUUUUAUUUUCUUUCUUUUUUCUUAAAUAGAUUAUGUAGCUCCAGAAAUGGUUAAAUCUCGUUUGGGUCUUGGUACACAUUCGAAAUGUGGUUAUAAAGCAGAUGUUUGGGCGCUUGGUGUUAUUCUGUUUGAAAUGGCAUUUGGUUUUCGACCAUUACAGCGCAUGCGUACUAACGAAGAAAAAUUGGGCUUUU